GCACAUGCAAUGGUGCAGAUUGAUUGAAUUUGAAAGAGGUUUUGUUUACCGGUUCGCGCCACUAUCGUCAUCAACAAUAAAUUGUGGAACAAUAAAUUACGGAACCGAGCUGAUUUUCACACAGGAUGAGUGCUUGAACGUCUGAGAUGAUUCGAACAUUAGCGCCCAGUCAAAGAGGGAAACGGCCUUUACUUCUGGAUAUACCGCAGGACAUUGUGGAACUAACUCAGUCCGAAAGUUGUACGCAGGAGCCGAAAAGAAGAUUCAAGAAUGUCAAAGAUAUACAAAUACCGCAGCGCAAAGCUGUUCCUCUUUCUGAUAAUGGCAUCUGCACGGUGCAGAAAAUAGUAUCGGAGCAUGAAGAGAGAGUGAGGAAACUUCUUAGUAAACCCUUUCAAAUACCAAUACCUGGCUACCAAUUGUCUGGACGGGUUCUUGGAUUACGCCUGCCAGGACCACGCAGACCAUUGCAUGAUCCUGACGAACCAAAUGCGCUAAUUGUGUACUCACCGCCAGAAUUGUCAGAACAUGAGAGAUUGAAAGUGGAUCUAUGCAAGCAGCUGGUACAUGUAGUUGUAGAUCCUGUAUUGUGCAAUGUGUUGCGGCCGCAUCAACGCGAGGGUGUAAAAUUUAUGUACGAAUGUGUGACAGGCAAACGUAUAGAAGGUGCAUACGGCUGCAUCAUGGCAGAUGAAAUGGGUCUUGGUAAAACACUGCAAUGCAUAACUCUGUUGUGGACGUUGUUGAAGCAAGGACCAGAGGCUAAACCACUGAUAGACAAAGCAAUUAUAGUUGCGCCCAGUUCUCUGGUGAAGAAUUGGUAUAAUGAGAUUAAUAAAUGGUUGAAUAAUAUGGUCAACACUCUUGCUAUUGAUGGAGGAAAGAAAGCAGACAUCGACACGAAACUCAUCCGUUUCAUGAAAACUUACGGCAGAGUUGUGACUCCUGUCCUCAUUAUAAGUUACGAAACGUUUCGCUUACAUGCACACGUCCUGCAUCAAGACGAAGUGGGCCUCGUAUUGUGCGACGAGGGUCACCGCUUAAAAAAUUCUGAAAAUCAAACGUAUCAAUCUCUAAUGGGUUUGAAAGCCAAAAGAAGAGUGUUGCUCAGUGGAACGCCCAUACAGAAUGAUCUUUUGGAGUACUUUUCUCUCGUACACUUUGUUAAUCAGGGAAUAUUAGGAACUGCACAGGAAUUUCGAAAGAAGUUUGAGACGCCUAUAUUACGUGGUCAAGACGCAGCUGCGACAGACAAGGAACGUCAACUUGCUCAAGAACGUUUGUUUGACUUAGUAUCCAUUGUUAAUAAAUGUCUCAUUAGACGUACUAGCGCUUUGCUUUCGAAAUAUUUGCCACUGAAGCACGAACUCGUGGUAUGCAUAAAAAUGGGAGAGCUACAAACGCGCCUCUACAAAAGUUUCAUUCAGAGCGAUAGUAUAAAAAGAUCUAUGGAAGAAAAUGAUAAUCCAAAAAAGGGAGGCAGUCUGUCCGCUUUGGCUGCCAUAACUCUCUUAAAGAAGCUAUGCAAUCAUCCCGACUUGAUAUACGAUAAGAUCAUGGAAAGGGCAGAGGGAUUUGAGAAAGCUGCAUCAAUGUUGCCAUCAAAUUACUCGAAAAAAGAGCUGCUACCAGAAUUAUCGGGCAAACUGAUGGUUCUGGAUUGCCUACUGGCGUCUAUUAAAACCACAACGAAUGACAAAAUAGUAUUAGUAUCCAAUUACACGCAGACUCUCGAUUUGUUUGAGAAACUCUGCCAUAAACGUUCCUACAAUUACGUGAGGCUCGACGGUACGAUGACGAUUAAGAAAAGAGCGAAAGUGGUCGACAAUUUUAAUAGCGCCAACAGCAACGAUUUCAUCUUCAUGCUCAGCUCGAAAGCCGGUGGAUGCGGCUUGAAUCUCAUCGGUGCGAAUCGUCUUGUCAUGUUUGAUCCAGAUUGGAAUCCCGCGAACGAUGACCAAGCGAUGGCCAGAGUGUGGAGAGACGGUCAGAAGAAGCCGUGUUUCGUCUAUCGUUUUCUUUCUACUGGAACGAUAGAGGAGAAAAUAUUUCAGAGACAAGCCCAUAAGAAAGCGUUAAGUUCCACAGUGGUCGAUCAAGAGGACGAUGUGGCGAGGCAUUUCACCAUAAACGAUUUGCGCGAUUUAUUCAAAUUGGAAGAGAAUACGGUUUCUGACACGCACGCAAAGUUCAAAUGCAAACGUUGUGUCAAUGGCAUCGAGAUAAAGGGUCCAUCGGAACAAUCCGACUGCAAUUCUGAUCUGUCCGACUGGCGACACUCGCAUAAUCCGCGACAUUUGCCGGACAUACCGUUACGACAGUGUUGGCCAAGCGGUAUCACGUUUGUUUUCCAUCAUCGUUCGCAUGAACAAGUAAAAUGACUCAUAUGACAAUCUGUUAGCACUUUGUUUCGAAAUUAUGCAUCCUUAAGUUAAGUAUCGGCGACAUUGAUAAGAAAUAUUGUAACUGCAAAAAAUCAUCUCGUUGAGAAACUUAUUUGUACGACAGUUUUCUUUUCUUAAAGAUAGAAACGUGACAGUUCAGCAUUUAUUUAAGUAUAUGUAUUUUUUUUGUAACUCACGCUCUUUUGUAUUUGUAAUUCAGUUGGUUGACAAAAAGAUCGUCGCAAAACAUUUUUUGUAAAAAUGCAGUUACAAUUUAUGCCAAUAUAUACGUGCCUUACAUUUUGUAUAAAUAAAUUAUUUUGCAUUUA